AUGCAGAGCCUUAUUGAGGCUGCUGAGAAGAAGAUGAGCAAACAGACCACCUCGGGCAGGCAGGUACUAAGCAAGGCCUCAAAGUCUGUCAAACAGACUCUGCCGGACCCCCUGGGCAAGCGAAUUCUACCCGUAGUCGAUCCCGAACACCUCAAAAAGGUGGAAGCUGUCAAACGGAAGGCCUCGAGAGCCAGAGAUGCCGACUCUGCUGGUGAUCCCAAUGCUGAGCUCAUCUUGGCGGGCUAUGACUAG